CAUUCCGAACCUUUGGUACAGGACGCAGAGACGGCAGGCUACCGCGUGGUUCCACCACCCUCACCAGACACCACACAUGACCUUUUCUCACCAUCUCCAAGCCACGCAAGGCAGUUCUUUGGUCCUGCCGGCAGUCCUGUUGGCAGCGGCUGCGGCAGCGAUGAUUGCCUCUCGUCGAACGCACCUCUUUCUCGUGUACUCAUGGUGGUGGCGACCCUAGUCAACUGUGUUACUCCACCUUACCUUGCAGGUCUACCGCCCCCUUUGGAGGAGGACGAUGACGAAAUUGAGCAGGUGAUGGCAUUCGCCUCAGUUAAGGGGCGUCGCUCGGCUUCCGGGGGCGGUCUCAGUGAGACUGGCGGGCGUCCAUUCCGGGGUCGGAGUCUAUUCCCUGGUCCUGGCCUUAUCCCCCCACUCUCCGCUUGGCGAGAGAAUGCUCGCUUUCUUUCUUCGCAGCCCUCUGCUCUACGUUUCGCCUUCCUCUGCGCUUACGCACGUCAUUCCGCUCUUCGUCAACUCGGUCUUCAGUUGGUCAGUGGGCUGCGAUAUCCCCUCGUCUCCACCACUUCUACCUCUGUCGCACCCGCCUCUGUACGAGUGCCACGCCCACUACAUCUGAAUACCUUCACUGGCAUUGAGCUGGUCACCUUGCGCUUCCUCGUUCGCUGUCUCUUCCAGUCCGCCGAUCGGUGCGAUCUCCUCGCCGGUAAGCCUUCUCUCCUGCACGCCACCGGGUUGCGUCCCGUGUGGGCCAAUCACAGUCACCUUGCGCAGCUAUUGGCUACAGCUGUUCCUGUUUGUAUGUGGGUGUGUGUGGAGCGAUCAGCUGUCCUUUCGCGUGACACGCGUCGUCAGAUGGCACAACAUACACACACACACACACACGUAGGCAAUGAAUGGAUUCCUGGCAUUGACGAUACAUUAUAUCUUGGGUCGGAUGCUCAGCGGAGGUUCUGCAGGGGACGAGAGUAUGCAGAAAAGGAUGGUGGGAUGUUAACCAUGAAGAUAUGGACGAAACUGAGUUCCAUCCCAUAA